UACAAAUUUGGAGGGUUAAAUAUUUAUUGAAAAUUGCAGACUUCAGAAAACAAAAUAGAAAGAUUUAUUAUUUGGACGAGACAUGGCUUAAUGAAGGUUGUGUGUUUUGAUAAUUUUAUUUUAUUUGUGCAUUUUUUAAAGACAGCCUACGACAACAGUUGGUGCCCUAUUCGAAACAUCAUCACCGUCAUCACCAUCAUCAUAAUCAUAAUCGUCCGUCAUUAUCAUCAGUUCAUUUACUGCAGGAGCACGACACCUCUUAUUUACUUAAGGUACCAAUUUCUUAUUACUUAGUUACUUUAAUUUCCAAUUUUAAAGAUUUGUAGAUAAUCAAAUUGUUAUGUUUGAGGACAAUCAAUCUGCCAUUCAUAUUGCGAAAAACCCUGAACAAUAUAAAAUAUUGAAGCACAUAGAUUUGAAAUAUCAUUAUACUGGGUGGCGCAAAAGUACUGGUACUAAAGAAAAUACUUUUUUUUUAUAUGACAUUUUCUGUCAUUUUGUUGUUGAAAAUUGUGUAGUGAACAAAUGUAAAAUACACUGAAAAUAAACAUGGACCGUUUUACUCCCCAAGAACGUGGAAAUAAUUGUGUCAAUGUUCUUACGGAAUAAUUCAUCAGUGAUAAGAACACAACGUGAAUUUCGUCGACGAUUUCCCCACCGUCCGGCACCGAUUGGUCGCACAAUUCGACGCUUUGCCACACGCCUUGAAGCAACUGGCUCAACAUUGGAUAGACCUAAGUCUGGGAGACCAAGAACAGGCCGUUCAGCUGAAAAUAUCGAUGCUGUGCGCGAAGAUGUGGAAGAGUGUCCAGAAACAUCAACGAGGCGACGUGCCACGCAAUUGGGCAUUUCCAGACGGACCCUGCAGCGUAUUUUGGUGAAAGACUUAAAGAUGUUCCCGUAUAAAACUCAAAUGACUCAUCAGCUGCUGCCUGCUGACCACCGAGCUCGUCUAGAUUACUGCCAGCGCGUCAUAAACCUCAACCUUGAAGAGGAUGAUUUUCCUUCAAAAUUGGUUAUGAGUGACGAAGCGCAUUUCCAUCUCUCAGGGCAUGUCAAUAAGCAGAAUACUCGGUUCUGGGGCACUGAAAAUCCGCGCAUUAUUCAAGAAACACCUCUACACCCACUAAAAGUUACUGUAUGGUGUGGCAUCUGUGUUGACAGAGUGAUCGGACCCUAUUUUUUCGAAGACGCUGGAGGCAAUGCGAUAACUGUCACUGGAGAACGCUACAGAACCAUGUUACGUAAGUUUUUGAUACCCAGUUUGGACGAAUUUGGGCUGGAGCACAUCUGGUUUCAACAAGACGGCGCUACGGCACACACAGCGCGCGAUACUAUGGACUUAGUGAGGGACGCUUUUCCAGGCCGAGUUAUCUCUCGUUUUGGCGAUUUUCCUUGGCCUGCAAGAUCACCCGAUCUGAUCAGUCCAGACUUCUUUCUUUGGGGUUUUUUGAAAUCUCGGGACCAUAACAUCACUUCCAAAUAUGCGAACUUGACUUAAAUCAAGCCUUUUGCUUGUCCAGUCUUAUUAUUUAGUCCAGAUGCUGUCGAUCGAUUUUUAAGAUAGACGGCGGUAUUUGUUGCCUCUGCCCAGAACUUUUUGACUAAGUCUGCAUCAUAUAAUAAGCAUCGAGCUCGCUCAACAAUUUUUUUUUUUUUUUAAAACAAUGGUUCUAUUUGCACGCUCAUUCAAACCAUUUUGUUCAGCUCAGGAGUGUAAGCAUUAGUUUUUUGAUUAAUGAUGCCGCUAUCUUUGAGGAAGUUUUCAAAUAUAUUACUGCAAAACUCUGUAUCAUAAUCAGUCCUGAAUAUUUUAAUUCUUUUACUCUGUUGGUUUUCUACCAUGGAUUUAAACUCUUUAAAAUAUUUAAAAGUUUCUCCUUUUUCUUUGAGAAAAUAAACAAACACCAUACGAGUAAAGUCAUCUACAAAAAUAAGGAAGUACCUUGCUCCGCCUUCCAUUGGGCCGCAGACAUCAGCAUGGACUAGCAAUGACAGACAGCAUGCAGCUCGCUGCUUCUUGUUCCUGCAUGACCAAAUGGUAAGCGUGAUUGCUUCCCUAGACAACACACUGUGCAUGUAUUCCUGUUGAUGACUUCAUUACCAGGGUAAGAUAUUCCAGUGACUGCACCAUCUCUCAUUUUGUUUUGGUCGUUAACAUUCAAGAGGCCUAGUCGCCUGUGCCAGACUUCACUGCUAGCUGAUGAACACGAUGAAAAUAAACACUUUUUCUGUUCCAAGUCCAUUUUAUACACACCAUCAGUUAGAUUUGCUACAGCUGAUCAUAACAAAUGUUGUAACAAAAAGUUGUGAAAAGCUAAUAUAACUAAGUCAUCAUUUGUUUCAAGCUUCAAGUUGACACUGAGAUUGUAAGAAGCGCCAGAAUUAGUAUCAUUUUCCUUUGCUGUAGAUUUGUAACUUUCAGGUUUCUCGGUGUUAUUUGUUUGUGAAGGUCUUGUGAAAUGUAGUAAGGUGUGAUGUCUACGUCCACAUUUUUUGCAAUUUGGGCUUUGUCUGCAAUGUGACACAGAGUGACCUUUUAUUAAGCAAUUGAAGCAUAAUGUUGUUUUUCUUGACAUAAUCUUGGCGUUCAGAAACAGGUAAUGCAGAAAACUCUUUACAGUGGCAAAUGUAAUGAUUUUGUGAGCAGUAAGUACAAGUGCUUUCGACUUCAGUGGCAAAACUUUUCACUGUAGUUGUCUUUGGUGUAUGCUGAACAGAUUUUGAUACAUCUUUUUUAUAAACUUCUCGAGGUUGUGAAAGAUUGACCAUUUCCAUUGUUCGAAAUCGUUUUUCAAGGAAGUUACUUUUUGGAAUCUCAGCAGAGGUUAUGUCAAGCUCACUAACUGUGGUUGUGGUUGAUGUAAUGUCGUAUUUCUUGUCUUUUAGCCAUGUUUUCAGGUCCAAGUAAUUUUCCUCUGUGAAUUCGUAGUUUUUCUCAAUGUCGAAAUUAUAAUCUUUUUUUGAGGUUUCGUUGUUUAUUAUUGCUGUCAACUCACUCACACCAAUAAUCUCUUAAUGCUUCCAAGCGGGUGUCGAUAUAACCUUUCGUUCUCUUGUCUUUAGGUGAUUUUCUCGUAUUGGUGGAAAGUUUCUCAAUCUUUGUAGAGUUUUGGUUCAUCACCAUGAUGUGUUUUGUUACACGUUCCGCAAUUUUCACAAACUCGUAUUUUAUAGUUAUAUUCCAUUUUGACACUGAUUUCAACAAUAAUUACACUUUACUUUGAUUACUAUCCGGUUCUCCGAAGGACCAUUUGGUCAUUUAGUUAAUUAUACACUGUUUUAAAGUUCACUGUUGUUUUAUUUUCUCAUCAUACAAUUACACAGCCAUGUUUUUUACCACAGACAAUCAAGAAGUUUUUUUUUUAUUAUUACGGUCCGAUCACAGAGGGAAUAAUCCAUCCACUAUUUUUUACCAUCAUUGUUGACGAUGGCCACCA